AUGAGCUGCCUUCGAGGUCGCCCCCGCAGCCCGUCGUUACCCCCGGCUUGCGGAAGGGGCAAAACACCUCAGAUGCGGGCGGAAAAGGAGACGGGCUCGCCCGCGGCCACGCAUCCCCCGAAGGACGAGGCCGGGCGGCCCCAACAUGGGAAGAAGUUUGUAUAUGUUGAGCCAUCUAGGAGAGUUAAAGAAAUACUUGAAGAAGAGCUUUAUUUUCGGAAAGAAGAAUGCCACAUUAAACAUCCAGCUGCAGUGGCUCUGGAAGGAAUUUGGAGUGUGAAAAAGAAUUUCUCCAUGGGAGGCCUGAAACCAGCAUCACAGAACAGAAACAGUUUACUUUUACAACCUAAAUUCUACUCGAGGCAUGAAGGAAUGAAAAGUAAGAGUCAAUAAUAAAAAAUUUUUGCUGUAACACCUGAUUUUAAAAUAGCAGGGUGAUACUAUUUUAUAACUCAUAGACAUCUUCUUACUGGACUGCAGAUCUAUUUUCUCUAAGGCCAUAGCUCAUCUCUUCCUUUCACACUUCAGAUCUUUGCCUAAGAAACCUGUUCAGGACUGCUAUGUUCAGUCACCUUAUCUCAUAUCCUGAAACCUUGCUAAAACAUGCA